CUUCCUCAUUAUAAGUAUUUAGCAAAAAGAAAAGACUGGAUCUGAUCCUGCAGUCUUCUUCUACAUCCAAAACCAAACAUCUGACCUAGACCUCGCCCGAGCCGUAUCCAUGGCGGAAGAGGUGCCUUCCCGGCCCUUCCUGGUGAUGGGAGACAUCCUGUACGAUAUCAAGCUCGUGGAUCUCCCGUCUUGUUGGGCGAAGGUGAAGUGCCUGAAGAAGGAGGCAUACGGCUGCGGGGAGCAUGGCGAUCUCAUCGUGGAGGGCCUCGACCUGUACGUGCGGGGCGGUCCCGACGACGACCAAGACUUCCACCCCUGCAUGUGUAUCGGCGCCUCUCUCCGCGUCCGCAGCUGCAUCGGGGGGCAGAUCGAUCAAGAUAUGGCGGAGAUCUAUGGGAGGCAUAUCCGCAUCUCCGGUGGCGUCUACACCGUUGCUGGGCAUGUCAUGGUCCUCCGAAUCUCUUUCAUCGCCAGGCACGACUCCUCCUACUUCAGGUCGUACUACCUCGUCUAUGACUCCGCUGCGGCGGCGCUCUCGUUGCUCCCCCACGAUGUUCCCGGCUACCAGAUCACCUGCACCCCGUUCCCUGUCAAGCAUCCAGGAGGCAAGUACUCCCUGGUCCUCACGGCGGAGAAAUUUACUGCUGAAGGCCCAUUGCACCGUGUUUUCUUGACGUGGUCACAGCCGCCGGUGCUGCCGGCCCGUCUCAGCAAGUUCAAUUCGUACAAACAUGGGUGGGUUGAGAGAAGCAGUCUCUUUCAGCAUGUUGACGAGUUCGUGCCGAGCGUGGUGUUCUCGCACAAGCGCAUUACUCUCUGGUGCGAUCUUGGGCUAGGUUUCAUGUACUACGAUUCCAGCCAUUUUGUUCUGGGCGACCGGCCUGUGGGUGAGUUCAAGUAUUUGCCCAGCGGUUGCGGGGCUAGAUACAGCUUCGAUCAGCCCCCUAUGGAUAUGUACCGGAAUAUGGGCUCUGUGGGCAACUGCAUCUGGUUUGUCAUCAUCGAACCACCAAAGGAGGAGGAGGAUUGCCCUGGCGAAACCAUGGUCAAAGUGUGGGCUAUGGACCGCCUGUCACAGGAAGGGAGCUGGAAACUACACAGCGAGUUCAAGAUGCAAACCAUCUGGGAGCUGGAUGGCUUCAGGAAACAUGGGUUGCCAAGGACUGUACCCAAGUUUCCCAUUCUUAGGGAGCAGGAUCAUGGCAUCCUCUACAUGCUGCUGCCUGAGCCCUACAAUGGUGGACCGUCGUAUGCUCGCCUUGUGGGCAUUGACUUGAGCAGCAGCCGUGCUGGGAUGCGUCUUGUGGUGCACAGACGUCUAGUCAUCCCGUGGAUGGAUCGCCCUGUUGUCCUUGAUUCUGAUUUCUUCCGUCCAGGCAGCAACGUGACCGUUUGAGCUGUAUCAUGGAUCGAUGGAUUGGAGCUGGCUGCAUGUAUCCCCUUGGCUAACAAGGAUUAUCAAGUUAGAUUAUUAUUAGACUGCAUGUGCUUCCUGUAUGUCCCUCUUGUUGGCUAACAAGGGAUUAACAUCAAGUUAGAUUAUUAUUAGAGUGCACGUGCUUCCUUACCUGCACGUGCUUCCUAAAUGUCCCUUAUGUUGGCUAACAAGGGAUUAGCAUAAGUUAGAUUAUUAUUAGACUGCACGGUGCUUCCUUAGCUGCACGUGCUUCCUAGUUGUAGCUUUAUUGAGUGCUCGUUGUCUGGUGAAUUGUGAAAUUAUCAGCUUUCCAGUGUGUUAUGGUGCUAGUUUGUUGCACUAAUCUAAUAUUUCGGCUACUUUCACCUC